GCGGCGGGGGCGCGCAGAGCCCGGGCAGGAGCGCGCACGGCGCUGACCGGCGCGGGGGCGGCGGCGGCCUCACCUCCAGAGAGAGCUUGGCGAGUAAGCCUUCCUCCUUCCGGCGCCGCCGCCGCCACAUUCCCGGCCGGGAGGGCCGGUGGCGGCGGCCAGGCCUCCGGGCCGGGUUCCCGCGCUCCCGGGACGCCUGGGCCCCUCGCGCCUCGUCCCCAGGCGCGCGAGGCCCAAGCCGAACUAAGCCCCCGAGACCGCAGAAGGGCCCGAGGACCCCGACAGCUCCGGCUCCACUGAGGUUACAGGAGGAGCCGAGAACCUCAGGCAAAGCAGAUACUGCAAGGAAAUGUGGAUCAGGCUCAAAAGGAAGAAUCGCUGAAUGGCUGGCGUUUGACAACAUGCACCACCAGUGGCUUCUGUUGGCCGCAUGCUUUUGGGUGAUUUUCAUGUUCAUGGUGGCCAGCAAGUUCAUCACGCUGACCUUCAAAGAUCCUGACGAGCAGGCGCAGAGUGGCUCCUGUGCACAGCUCUGGUUCGAGCUGCAUUUCAACUCGAACGCAGGAGAGAGGAAGAAACAGUUUCCUUGGGAUUCACGGAGGAAUGUGGCCAAGAUUUCUACUGGAGUCGGAGAACUCAGAGGCGUGAGGGCCUACAGCGCCAAGCAGGAGUUUCUCUUCCUGACUGCCGUGCCCGAUGCGGGGAGGUUGCCAGGAGAGACACACUUCCCUGAGGAGCUGAAGCCGACGGGGAAGGUGCUGGUUGAGCCCCUGGUGUACACGCAGCGUCUGGAGCUCAUGAGGAACGUGUGCAGGGAGGAUGCUCUGAGGAACCUGUCCCACACCGCCGUCUCCAAGUUUGUCCUCGACCGGAUUUUCGUCUGUGACAAGCACAAGAUUCUCUUCUGCCAGACCCCCAAAGUGGGCAACACCCAGUGGAAGAAAGUGCUCAUUGUGCUGAAUGCAGUGGCCAACUUAAGAGGUGACCAGACCAACAUACCUUCUCCCCCCACCCCACCCCCCAUUUGCUUCCCAGGAGCCUUCCCUUCCAUCGAGGAGAUCCCUGAAAACGUGGUGCAUGACCACGAGAAGAAUGGCCUCCCACGCCUCUCCUCUUUCAGUGAGGCCGAAAUCCAGAAGCGCUUGAAAACAUACUUCAAGUUUUUUAUCGUAAGAGAUCCUUUCGAGAGACUGAUCUCUGCGUUUAAGGAUAAGUUUGUCCACAACCCCCGCUUUGAGCCUUGGUACAGGCACGAGAUCGCCCCCGGCAUCAUCAGAAAGUACAGGAGGAACCGGACGGAGACCCGGGGCAUCCAGUUUGAGGAUUUCGUGCGCUACCUGGGUGACCCCAACCACAGGUGGCUGGAUCUCCAGUUCGGGGACCACAUCAUCCACUGGGUGACGUACGUGGAGCUGUGCGCACCCUGUGAGAUCACGUACAGCGUUGUCGGGCACCACGAGACCCUGGAGGACGACGCCCCGUACAUCCUCAGAGAGGCGGGCAUCGACCAUCUGGUGGCCUACCCCACCAUCCCCCUGGGCAUCACUGCAUACAACAGAACCAAGGUCGAGCACUACUUCCUGGGCAUCAGCAAACGAGACAUCCGGCGCCUGUAUGCGCGGUUUGAGGGGGACUUUAAGCUCUUUGGGUACCAGAAACCAGAGUUUUUGCUAAACUAACGUGUAGGACCAUGAGUUCAGAUAUCUUCGUUAGACCAGAGGCUAACCAGGUGGAGCUCAGGCACAGAAAUGACACUUCUUCAUCUCACUCCUCUUGAAGACUGCCACUCCCUGAGGACCGGGGUGCAUCUUGCCCAGUGAAGCUGGACCCUGACUGUUACGAAGUAGUCUGCAUAUAAGGUGCAUGGAGGGUCCUGGCCCCCACCCUCCAGUGCCACCGAGCCUCUGCUCUCCCCAGGGUGGUGGGGAGAGCAUUAAACACUUGCAGUCAAACAGAGCGGCGGGGGAUCAGACGGCCUUGAUCAUCUCCCUCAGUUGUCAGACACCUGCAGGGCAGGGCAGUCCUGACUGUCCCCAGGGGACAGCAGGCAUGGCACCCAGCACUUGGAAGAGAGGUGGACAAGCCGGUACCCUGCAGACAUCCCAGGGCCGAGACAGGAUCAGAUCUGAGUGAUAAAGUCACUCUUCUGGCUCUCAUCUCAGCCGCCGCUGUCAUCGCAGAGGCAAACCCUUCUCUCCAUGGCUCUCUAGUUCCCGAGAAGUUCAGGAAUGACCCAAGGGUGUUCCUCAGCUGCUCACCUUUUCAGAAUACAGGCUGUGUGCUCCUCGGCCAGAUUUCCACACCUUUACCUGCCAAGUGAUUCUCGCAUUCAGUCCAAGAGAUCCAGGUUUGGGAAGUGAGGGGAGUGUCCAUUCUUCCCACCGAGGAAGGGAGCCUCUUUGGGGGCCUUAAGGGGAGCGUGGCCAGGGGAGAGGCAGGGCUGGCCGGGUGCCAGAAGUCAGGCUGCCCUGGACUUGGGUACAUCCUCCCCAGUGGCUGUCUGCCUCUUGUCGCUGAUGGACUCGCGUGGGUCGGCACAGAGACAGGUCUUCACCCGUCUUCUCCAGGACCAGUCCCUCCUGGGGGCUGAAGGCAGGCACAGGCAGCAUGCCAGCAUCGCCAGAUCAGAGCACUGUACCCAUUUUAGUCUCCUUUCAUCUCAGCAAAACGUGUCCCACCAGACCCACUUCUGAUGAUGCCAUCAUCCUGACCCAAGUUGGAUAAUCAAAUUCACCAGCAAUAAAACCUUGGGCCGAGGCAGCCCACGUAACGCAUCUUCCAGGCACUGAGGAGCAGCGGGCCACACUAACCACUUCAUGUGCCGUCCAACAGUGAGGCCCCUCGAGGUCUGGGACAGUCUCCCUGCAGAAAGUCCCAAGUGUCCAACCAGGCCGCACAGGGCUCGGGAGCCCAGCUCUUCCUCAAGGCAGCCCCCGCUGUCCCUUUCUCAGUGUGACUUCCUGAGUUUGUAAAUGUGAAAGUAACAUGAAAUAAAACACGUGCCAACCUGA